GUUGACGUCGUCAUUAUGCGCCUGCGCACAUGCCCACAAGUUACGGUUCCGUUCACUUCCUUCUCUUCCAGAAGGAGCGUGUUGAAGAUGGCGGCGCAAAAUUCGAUGCCGAGUGAUCUUUACAAAUGCGUAUAUUCGUUUCUUCUGGAGAACAAGUUCACCAAGGCGGCUCAGCAGUUUCUGAAACAGACUAAAGUGACUCCACAGGAUCAAAAUGAAGAAAGCCUCGUCGACAUCUACAACUUCUGGGUGAAAUCUCCUGAAACCAAGAAACGAAAAGCACCUACCAACAAGACUGAAGCUACAAAUGGUCCAUCCGCCAAGAAAGCAAAAACCAGUACAGAGAGCUCGAGCAGUGAAGAGUCGAGCAGCGAGGAUGAAGCUGUUGCAAAACCAACUAAGGCAGCCCCUGCAGCAGCCAAGGUGGUGCCUGCUAAAGCAGUAGCUACUAAAGCUGCAUCCAGCAGCAGUGAAGACUCCAGUGACUCGGAGGAGGAGAAGGCCCCUGCAAAGGCCCCUGCAAAGGCUCCUCCAAAGGCUCCUGUGAGGAAGAAAGACAGCAGCUCUAGCAGUGAAGAAUCUGACUCUGAGGAUGAGCAGCCCGCCAAAGCCCCUGCACCAAAACCCAAGGCUGGUGCAGUCACGACACCCAAACCAGCUGUUCCAGCUAAAGGUGUAGCUCAGAAAAAGCAGGAGAGCAGCAGUGAAGACAGUUCCUCAGAUUCUGAAGAUGAAGAGCCAGCCAAGGCUCCAGUCAAACCCGCCCCAGUGAAGGCUGCGGCAGCUGCUGCUGCUGAAUCGAGCAGUGAAGACUCUUCAUCUGAAGAUGAGGCUCCGCCCAGCAAAAAGCCCAAAGCAGGUGCAUACAGCGCAGUACCACCUCCUGCUUCAGUACAGAAAGCUCCAGCAGCCAACAAGGCCAAGGACAGCGACUCGUCAGACAGCAGUGAUGACAGCAGUGACGAGGAAGAAGAGAAGAAAGUAGCAGCGAAACCUGCACCAGUCAAGGCCACUGCUGCCAAAGCUGGUGUGCCCAAACCCUCUGCAAAGAAGCAGGAGUCCAGCUCUGAGAGCUCAGAUUCAAGCUCUGAUGAGGAGGAGGCAAAGAAACCCGCAGCCAAAGCCACCCCAGCUAAAGCAGCCCCAGUCAAAUCUGCCCCAGCUAAAAAAGAAGACUCAGACUCAUCAAGUUCAGAGGAGGAAGAAGAGGUGAAGAAACCUGCAGCGAAGGUGACUCCUGCUAAGGCUGCUCCAGCUAAACCUGUUGCAGCUAAAGCCACACCUGCUAAAGAAGACUCCUCAGAGGAAGAUUCCAGUUCGGAGGAGGAGGAGACGGCAAAGAAGCCCGGAGCUAAACCUGCACCUGCCAAGAAUACCCCAGCUAAAAAAGACGAGUCCUCAAGCUCAGAUAGCAGCUCUGAAGAUGAGGCUCCUGCAAAACCUGCCACUAAAACUGCAGCCCCACCAACACCUGCUGCUUCUAAACCUGCCGCAGAGAGCAGCUCUGAUACAGAGGGCUCCUCUGAGGACGAGGACGAACCAGUGAAAGCCAAGCCAGCGGCUAAACCAGCUACCCCGGCUUCCAAGCCUGCUACCCCUGUUGCAAAGCCUCCUGCAGCAGCAGAGAGCAGCUCAGACUCUGACUCCUCCUCUGAGGAUGAAGAACCAGUCAAGGCUAAACCUGCAGCGGCUAAACCAGCUACGCCAGCCUCAAAGCCUGCUACUCCUGCAGCAAAGCCUCCUGCAGCAGCAGAGAGCAGCUCAGACUCUGACUCCUCCUCUGAGGAUGAAGAACCAGUCAAGGCUAAACCUGCAGCGGCUAAACCAGCUACGCCAGCCUCAAAGCCUGCUACUCCUGCAGCAAAGCCUCCUGCAGCAGCAGAGAGCAGCUCAGACUCUGACUCCUCUUCUGAGGAUGAGGAAGAACCAGUCAAGGCUAAACCUGCAGCGGCUAAACCUGCAGCGGCUAAACCUGCAGCGGCUAAACCUGCAGCGGCUAAACCAGCUACGCCAGCCUCAAAGCCUGCUACUCUUGCAGCAAAGCCUGCUGCUGCAGCAGAGAGCAGCUCAGACUCUGACUCUUCUUCUGAGGAUGAGGAAGAACCAGUAAAAGCCAAGCCAACAGCUAAACCAGCUACCCCUGCUACAAAGCCUGCUACAAAGCCUUCUACAAAGCCUGGUGCAGCAGCAGACAGCAGCUCUGACUCUGACAGCUCAGACUCUGAGAAUGAGGCAGCCAAACCUGCAGUCAAGAAACAAGCUCCAGCAGCAGCGGCCAAGAAACCUGCCCCUGCUGUCACCAAGGCUCCUGCAGACUCCAGUGAUGACAGCUCCAGUGAUGAGGAGGAACCCAAGAAGGCAGUGCCAGUACCCAAGCCCGCAGCCACAAAGGCAGCUGCAGCUCCAACAAAGAAGGCUGAGGAGAGCAGCUCUGACUCCUCGGACAGCUCUGAUUCUGAGACUGAGACAAAGUCCACCCCUGCUAAGCCUGCAGUCACCAUCAGCAAGGCAGCCACACCCAAGGUAGCCACAACCAAGGCAGCCAAGGCCCCAGCAAAGCCAGCAGAGUCCUCCUCCAGUGACAGCAGCUCUGAAGAGGAAGAAGAGGCCGGUAAAAGUACUGUAAAACCUGUUACACCUGCUGUAAAAGCCAAGACGACCCCAGCAGCUAAAGCUAAAGAGAACAGCAGCAGCUCCUCAGACACUUCAUCAGAUGAGGAGGAAGCUCCACGCAAAGCAGCCACAGCACCCAACACCCCCGCAACAAAUGGUACCAAUGGAAAGAGAAAAAGAGAUGGUGAAUCAUCAGAAAGUGAAGAGGAAGAGACUGAAGUCAAGACACCAAAAAACAAGAAAGCAACAACCACACCACAGACUUUUCCUAAAGCCAAUAAGAAGUCUUCCAACGUACCGUUUCGUAGAAUAAUAGAGGAAGAAGUAGAUGUGGAUCCCCGUCUUACAGACAACUCUUUUGAUGCAAAGUCUGGAGCCAAAGGGGACUGGGGCCAGAAAGCUAACGAUGUGCUCAAGUUCACAAAAGGCAAGUCAUUCCGACAUGAAAAGACGAAGAAGAAGAGGGGAAGCUACCGUGGCGGAGCCAUCUCCACCACAGUCAACUCCAUUAAGUUUGACAGUGACUGAGGAACUUCUCCCUCUGGCCCCUCUCACCUGAACUGUACUGUACCUGUGUGACCAGGACUAUCAGUUGUCUGUAAACAGUCCCUCUAUUAUCACAACCCAGCAACAGCAGCACACAACCGAGGAAUGUGACCUGUAGAGCUGAGCUGGCACUUUCAUAGCUGCCCUUAGUUUGUAAUGGAGACCAAUAGUUUGAUCUCUGCUCUGAAGCUACAGUUAGUCGAGCUGUGGCAGCAGGAGAGAGAUGCUCCCAGCUGUGACUUCAGACCAAACUGCUUAAGGUUGACAUCCAUGUGACAUGAUUACCACUUAUAGCCACUAGGUGGCUGCAGGCCACCUGUUAAUGGUAAAUUGUGUGCGUUGGGCCCCUUUUUUGCUUGUUUUGACUUUGUUAACCUGUACUUUAUUCUCAAAUGACAUGUCUUAUUUCUUUGUAACAUACAUUUUUCAUUUUCAUUUAUCUAUGUAUGAAUGACAGCCAUGCAUCCCAACAGGUUCUUUAUUAUGUAUUAAGAAAGGCUGAUAUUGAUUUUUAAUGGAUCACAUGGAUUCUUGAAGUUUGUUUGGUUUUAUAUGGCCACAUUUAAAUACGGAGAGGGUGUGUGCUCGGGUUUUUUCUCUUUACAUUACAUGGACAUUUAGAGAGUAGAACUGAGUUUUAUACUGUGUAUUUAUUAAGUUUUAUUCCAUUUAAACCUUUAGGACCUCAAGCCAUCUCGAGCUAUUCUCAAGCCAUUUUGCUUUAUUGUUUCUUCUGAUGUUAGGAUACCCCUGUCAAACCCUCUCUAAAGUGUUCAUCAGUGGUAUGGAAUUUAUUCACCAACAUAACGGAGAGCCAUGUUUGUUUCAAUUAUUUGAAUUUACUCUCUACAAACAUUUGUGUACUUUUUUUUAUUUUUAUUGUCAAUUCUUGUAGCGGUAAUUAAAGACAUAACAGAUUAAAUGUUGAUGUGCUUAUAAUCCUGA